AUGUCUCUCCAAAUCCCUAGCUACGAUCAACCCCAGCCAACCCUUCCUCGACCCCAUCCUCAUCUCACCAAUCGCAUUCGCGCAUACGACAUUAUAUCAACAGAAUUCUCUAUUGCCCAACUCAGUCUUGCUAUUACUGCGACUGUAAGACGCAGUCCAUUGUCAAUUCUAUUCUUGAAUCAAACUCCUGAAUUACAACUCGAGGGCUUAAACAAUGAAGCUGUUUUCAUGCAAGAUUUUGCCACGAGUUUAGAUCCAACUUGUCGGUACACAUUCCUUAAUUACUUAAGUGAGGAAGGAAUGUUGGGUGAAUGGAUGACGAAAGGAGAGAUCAACCCAAGCAUGGAAGAGUGGGCUCAAUAUGUUAGAUGGUGUGUUAAGGUUGUUAGGGAAGAGGGAUGGGUUGAUUUUUCUGAAGGUAGUGUAGAGGAGAUUAAGGAGAGGGGCAAUGGAAGAGCCAUUGAUGUUAUCGUUUCUGGGGAGAUGUUCAAGGCGGAUAAAAUUCUAGAUGGAGGAGAGGGUGAAAUGGAUUUCGUAAAUGAGAGUGAGGGAUUGAACAUAUUACAGGCUACAGAUGCAUUGCAAAACUUGUGCGCUGCAGCUUCAUCCUCCAAUCUAGCAGCACUCACAGCACAAAACGAAAAGCUUCUAUCGCUGUACGAAAAGGAUCAAGCAGGCAGAAUCGUCAGAGCAUUGCUGUAG